UAAUAGGCAUCCCUGACUCCUUAAUAUCUUUCAUAAUUAUUUAAGUCUUUAGAUUACAGACUUGAACUUUGGCAUACUUAAUGAUGAACAGCUUGUCAUUGAUUCCCGAAACUUUCAUUGCAAUCGAAAGAUCUUUUGAGAUAAUCAUCUGGCACUAGCUCAAGCAAGACUGACUGAUUGACUGCCAGUUGGCAGCAUUAUCAAAGCAAAGGGUCGCGUGGGCAAGGUCAGGUCAACUCGCAUAAUUGUGGGCCAUUUAUUGAUUCAACAUUUGGCCAGAGAUUGUGGCAUUGCCAGGACGACGACAACGACAAGCCAAGUCAGGCGGCAGGCAGCAAAUGCCAUCAUAAUAAAUCUAUAUAAUAAUCAUUUGCGGUUUUAUGGCAAACCGCGACGCACUUAAGCAGUCAGUAAAUUUGUGGGAACACGCCACAUCGACAUGGCCAGCGCAGCGAGAAAUUGGUCGGGUUUGGUUACGCUUUGCCUGGGCCAGGAACGUGAGAAGAGGCAGGUGAGCAGCCAGCGCGCAUCCCUGACCAAGUCGAAUGUGGCCGCCGCCUUGUGUGCUCCUCCAAAGGCUGCCAUACGGUAUCUGCCUACUUAUCGGCUGGAUCCGAAGAACCCCUUGAAUAAGGAACGCUUGGAAAUUGCCAUGAAGGAAAUCAUGCAUAGAAAUUACAACGAUGAGUACUUGUUUCAUCCCAAACAAUCGUAUCACUUGGCUGCCCAGGUCAGCGAAGAGAUCAAGAGCACCAUCAAAUUGUUCAAUUUCGAUAGAUAUCGAUAUAUUGUGCUAGUAACCGUUGGAGAGCUGAUGACUCAGGGUCUUUGCUCCAUGGUGAACUUCCUGUGGGAUGCCGAUAAAGAUGGAUAUGUUUCAUACGCCAUCAAGACACCAAAAUAUUUUGCACUCUGCACCAUAUUUUACUUGUACUUAGAUUGAUAACUGAAAGUUUCAUAUAUAUAUUUGUAUAAGAAAGCAGGAAAUGUAUAGUAACUCAAUGUCGAUAAGAUUCUAAGAAUAAAAGGAUUACAUUUGAAAAAAAUUGAGCUGAAAAUUAAUGAGAUUACUAUUUAAUAUACUUAUAUAUCAUUUAUUUUGCUUUUUUUUUGGUAAUUAAGUGCUUUCUUUGCUAGAAUAAUAUAAUCUUAUGAGCUGAAUUUAAUUCUUCCUGUUUAUUUCAAAACAUUGGACUACAUCUCCCAUUAAGUAAUAAGAACAAUUUUGGCAUUGCAUGAAAAAUUAAAUUUGUAAUUUCAUUUAUUUAUAACCAAAUUUCAAAAUAUUUUAAUGUUUUGCAAAAAAAUGAAUGAACAUUAAUAGAGAUGCUGAAAAUUGCAUGAAUUAUUAAGCAAGAUGAGAAAAAAUGAAGAGAGUUCCUUACAAGACUUUUGGGCAGCACCUUCUAUGGCUGCUUUGGAAACCUGCGAAGAGGAAACUUGGAAUGCAUUUUCGAUUUUUCUGGGCACUUUUUCACUUUGUUGUUGCACAGUUGGAACACACAAUAAUCAUCAUUAUUAAUAAGCCACCACAUCACUUGCCGAUCGAGCAAAACAAUAUUAGAACACACACAGAAUCGAUUUCGGAUUGUUCAUAUUUAUUUGAAUAUUUAUUUUAAUAUAAUAGAUAUAUAAUAUGGUGAAGCAUAAUUAAGAUGCAGCAUUAUUCAGUUUGUUUAAUCAACUCACAAAUUCAAUGUAAUUACUUUUGCAUUUCAGCAUUUUCUAGGAUAAAUAGUUGUUGUAACUUGUGUAUACAUCUUCAUCUGUUAUUAAGGGAGUUUCAUAAAUACAAUAUAAUUUUUAUAUAUGUACUAUAUAUGUGUAUAUAUAGUGGUCACACACAUGCACGCACAGACACACACUCACACAUUUUUCAGAACGAGAGAGUUUUGGGAUCAUCAUGAUGAGUAAAUAAAGUAUAUAAAUCAAUUAAAUUGUGACACUGUCGAUAUAUUUGAAUACACCACUAUCGAGAUUGACACAGAACUGAACUUGUUAUUGAUUAACUGAUUGGAUUGAUCGUUGUUGUUUUUGAAGAGCAGCCAUAAGAAAACCAAUGUAACAUUUGCAAAACCCAUUUAAACAAUUCAAACAUUUUGAAACAAAUGCUACACGACGUUUUCUCUUCGGAUGGAAAAAUGAAAGAACAUGACAUAAGGAACAGAAACGGAACUACGAAGUACGCUCGAAACAUUGCAAAAAACUUUCUUUCGGAUCGGAUCAGGUCACUGCACAAAAAUCAUGAUUGAUUGAUUGAUUGAUAUAUAUAUAUAGGCAAUCUACAUAUAUGUAUAGUAUAAGGAUAAGAAUAGAGUCAACCACUUUUGAAUAAUAAACACACAUCAUACCUAGGGAUUUUGCAAGGGAUCCUUAAGGAAACAGAUUCACUUUAUGAGACUCAUAUAUCAUGGUGGGGGUCACUUUUUCCACUUUAUCUUUUUUUCUUUUUUCACAAAAACGAAAACUUGUUUUCCAAAACCAAACGAUAACUCUCAAAACUGAUUAAACUUAUUAACACAAUACAAAAGAAGGUAACACAAAACUUUUCUUUUUUUCUUGUUUUUUACAUAAUUUUUAACUGCUUUUGUUUUGAAACUUUUUGUUUUUGUUGUUGUUGUUGAUUUCAGGAUUGAUUUGUUGCUUAUUUUUUAGAUUGCACAAAUUGUACAUGGAGAAAUUUGCAAAAAAAUUUAUGAUAAAUACAAAGCAAAAAUUAUUACACUGUUUUUCUUUGUUGUAUAUAAUAAUAGUGAAUACAAAAAUAAAUAAUUAGAAUUUGAAUACUUUUGGCACAAUCGUAAUAUAUACAAAAAAAAAAAAGAAACUGCAACUGUUAAAUUGUAUAAAUUAUUUAAACUGCAACAACUUUUACACUCUCACUACA